GUCAGUUAACACCAUACAAAUAUGAAAAUAGCGCGUAAUCGUUAAUAAGCGUCCAAAACGAACGCAGCUUACAAUUAAAAGUCACAACACAAAUGAUACUCAUAAACACAAGUGUCAGUAUGUGUUUUGUACGCGUAUACUAGGUAUAACAAAAUGAAAUGGUGAAAAUUUCAUAACGUAUUUUAUAACGUAAGAAUUUGUAAUACAUAAAACAACUUCAAUUAAAUAUUUCCAAGUAUUUUAAAUUGAAACACGCAAAUUAAACAUGUUUCUUAUAUUGAAAUUGACAAUAAUAAUUUUACUAAAUAAAACGUACGCUCAUAUCACGCAAGAUAGUGAAAUAAUAUUGUUGCCGUCAUGGAACUCAAUAAACGCAAAGGAGAUAUUAUUAACUCUCAAAGUUUUUGGAAAAUUAAUUCAGCUGAAUAUGCGCAAGAAUGAACAGAUCAUAUCACCUGCGUUUAAAGUAUGGAAAUAUAAUAGUGUCAUAAAAAAGUUGUCGGAACUGAAAACAUCGAAUCCUUGCUAUUAUAAUCACGAGGAUCAUGUCAGCUCCGCAAUCAUAAACUUCUGUGACAAACAUGGAUUGGAAGGACUUGUUUUUCUGAAAAACGACACAUUGAAGAUUAGACCGUUGCGGAAUGACUUUGCGUCUUUGUCCUUAAUUGAUGAUUUUUGCGUUAAAGAACAAGUUAAUCUUUCAUUCGGCAAACCUCACCUUGUUAAAAGAUUAUUGCAAUAUUAUACUGGUUCAAAUCUUUGUAGUUUGAACAAUUUUAAACGGAAGCCACGUUAUGCACAAGAUGAACAAGUAAAAUAUAUUAUAGAAUUGGCCGUUUUUUUCGACGAAGCUGCAUAUCGUAAAAUCAUGCCUUUUCUGGGUGAAGAUAAAGAACUGUUACACAUUAUGAUAUUAACGUAUGUGAAUCAAAUGCAGGCUUUUUUUCAUCAUCCAAGUUUAGGUGUUUCUAUUGAUAUUUCGUUGGUACAUUUGGAUAUUUUGGAAAAACAGCCGUCAAAUUUGCCAGUUAUUGACGGCAACGCUAGCCAAGUGCUCAAUUCGUUCUGCACAUAUGCCGAAACUCGUAAUCCUCCAUAUGACAAAGAUCCAGGUCACUGGGACAUUAGUCUUUACCUAACCGGAAUAAAUAUUUAUUCAGUGGACCAUUCUACCCUAGGAAGAUCCUUCUUUGAUGGCGCGUGCAACUCAAGUAAAUCGUGCGCAAUAGUAGAAUUCGGUGGUGCACGUGAAGAACUUACAUCGGGUUUUACAUCGUCUCUCGUUGCUGCUCAUGAGAUCGGCCAUCUGUUAGGAAUGCAACACGAUACAAAACAGUGUGAAAUAUUUAAUAAUUACAAAUACUUAAUGUCACCUCGCAUGCACUAUCAAGGCCAGAGAACAUGGUCCAUGUGUAGUCGUAAUACAGCUAAACUUCUCUGGAAAACAAAAGAAUGCUUCCGAGAUAAUACGAGACUGGAAAAUCUCGCGGACGUUGCACUCGAUCAUUCGCGUUAUCACGAUUUACCAGGAAGGAAAUGGACCGCGAAGGCACAAUGCGAAUUAUUUUUCCGCGACAAUGACGCAAACGUAGUCACGUUGCUUGAUAUAUGUAAAACUUUAGAAUGCGAGACACCUAACAAAAGUAAAUCUUACUUCACAGGAUCGGCGUUGGAAGGAACUCAUUGCGCACUCGGGAAAGAAUGUCGUGGCGGAGAAUGCGUGCCCGUCAUUGAACCGCCAUACAAUUUUAAGUUUUGUGAAAAAGAUAGAUGGAGCGAAUGGGAGGAAGACUCCUGUAAAAGCAGUUGCUUGGAGAAAUCCAAAGGCGUACUAGCCAAACGACGUUUAUGCAAACAUCAAAUUAACGGUUACAUCAAAAGAACGACGAAUUGUGCAGGACCAUAUUACGACAUGGUUCUGUGCGAUGAUUCUUUACUUUGUACGGAGAAACGCAAGACGAUCCACGAGUUUGCUACUAUGAAAUGCACGGAAGUCAAGGAUAUCAUGUCCCAGCUGGACACGCAGCCGGGAUGGCAGAUUGCUCAUGAAGUCGAUAGACCGUGGAUAGCUUGUACUAUAUCUUGUUUCCUAAAGAACAAUUCUACCCCUUACACACCACGCCUAGAAAUGCUUAACUUUGGUGACGACCCAUACUUUCCAGAUGGAACGUGGUGUCACAACGAAAACGGCCAGAACUAUUACUGCCGCAAGCAUUAUUGUCUGCCGGAAAAUUAUUCAUUAGAUGAAUCCCGAGAAAUUGAAUUAUUGUCGAGACAUUAUCAAAAUGUGUGAAUGAACAUCCGAAAAAAAGAAAAUUGCAAAACGUACGUACGUCAAUUUAGAUCCGUUGGUCAACUUAUGUAGUAUUUGACUUAAAGUCGGAUGAAUCAUGAUUGUUAACUUCUGGUUUGCGUAUUAUCCAUUUUUUGUUCUAUAUAGCUACGAAAUGUCAACUAGAUUUUAUGUCAUAUAACGACAACUUUAUCGAUUACUAUUGGUAAAAGCAAAAAGAAAAAAAGUUAUUAAUAUACAAGUUUAUGACAAAGCAUUGUAGGUAAUGUGAUCAAUAAAAUGAUGGCAUUAUUAUUUCAUUUAGAGGAAAGUGAAGAAAAACGAUAACGUAGAAGAGAAUAAUAAUUCACUAAAUCAUUUGUUUCAAUAUUGUUUAAUGUUUUAUUAUUAUUUGUAAAUAAAGUUUG